AGCAGCGGUGGCCACAGAGGUGGCAGAGAGAUGGCCAGCAGCACACAGCUUCCCUACCUGAUCCCGGUCACCCCUUUCUGUGGGAAAACCAAAGGGGGUCUCCAAGAGGGACUUCAGAUCACUGUCCGUGGAACUGUUUUACCCUCCAGUGGAACCAGGUUUGCUGUGAACUUUCAGACUGACACCAGUGACAAUGACAUUGCCUUCCACUUCAACCGUCGGUUUGAAGAGGGUGGGUAUGUGGUCUGCAACACAAAGCAGAACGGAUGCUGGGGGCCAGAGGAGAGGAAGAUGCCACUGCCCUUUCAGUGGGACAGACCCUUUGAGUUCAGCUUCCUAGUGCAGAGCUCACGUUUCCAGGUGAUGGUGAACAGGAGCCUUUUUAUGCUGUACACACACCGUGUGCCCUUCCACCGCGUGGACACCCUCUCUGUCACCAGCACUAUGCAGCUGUUCUCCAUCAACUUCCAGGUCAGAUGGCUGGCCAACCCUGCUCCCAUUUCCAAAGCAAACAUCCACAGGGCACUGAGCGCCCCUCAAGAGAUGUACCCAAAUCCCACCUUCCCUCCUACGGCCUAUGCCAACCCAGCCUACCUGAUGCCUUUCUUCACCAGCAUCCCGGGUGGCCUGUACGCCUCCAAGCGCAUCAUGGUGUCGGGCACAGUCCUGCACAGUGCUCAGUUCCACAUCAACCUGCGCUCUGGGAGUGACGUCGCCUUCCAUCUGAACCCCCUUUUCAGUGAGAACAGUGUGGUCCACAACACGCAGAUCAACGGCUCUUGGGGGCAUGAGGAGCAACGCCUGCCUGGAAAAAUGCCCUUCACCGGAGGCCGGAGCUUCUCGGUGUGCAUCACGUGUGAAGCCCACCGCCUCAUGGUGGCCGUGGAUGGUGGGCACCUGUGUGACUAUGAGGACCACCUGAAGAACCUACCCGCCAUCAACAACCUGGAAGUGGCAGGCAACAUCCAGCUGACCCGUGUUCAGAUGUAUUUGGGAUCCCUGGCCUGGGGUCGAGGGCUGGGCUUCAGCCUCUCCAGCAUCUGCACCAGCCCUUCCCCGGAUCCAGGGAAGCUCCCUGAUGACACCCUGCUGGUUUCCACCAACCGACGGGACCCUUCUCAGCAGGGGGCUCUCCCCUCCCUGUGUCCUUCAAAGAAAGAAGGAAAAGGGCUUGUCUGGCAGACCUAUGGGUUGAUGGUGGUUUAUUAA